ACAUCAUGUAACUAGCGUCGCGUGGAAACAGACAAGCCAACUCGACUCUAACCCAACUCUAACCCGAUUCGAACCCGCGAUGGAAACUUAGUCAAUAAUAUCCAACGAAUAGCAGCGUUUGUCUUGCGAUUUACCGACUCGCGAUUUGCGACUUACCGACUCGCGAUUUGCGAUUUAAAGCGAUUUACAAGUCGCAUUCGUUGUUGCUGUUGAUAUUGUACUGGUGCAUACACUGUGACGGAACCCACGAAAUCACUUCGUGGUGGUUGAGCCGCAUAUGCCUUCUUCCAAUUUUUAUUGAAAAUUUCAGGCAUGGAUUUUUCCUUUAAGGAAUUCAUUGGAGAAAAUAUAAAAUAUGAACUGUUGACUCUGAUAUGGUUGCUAUGGUUUUGGGAAUUUUAUCUCGAUCGGCGUCAGACAAAUUUGAUGACGGAACUCCUCCACAUACCCCAGGAUAUAAAAGACUUGAUCACUCCAGAAGUAUACAGUAAGGCACGUCUUUACGCAUUGGAUCGAAGUAAUUUUUCACGUAUUCGAACUGUGUUUUCGACCAUAGUAACAACCGGUGUGAUAUUGUUUUUUGCAUUUCACUAUUUCUGGAAUUGGGCAGUAGAGAUUUCUGUGGCAUGUGGAAUCAGCGCAGACAAUGAGAUUCUCAUCAGCAGUGUCUGUAUGCUGUUGAUGAAUGUGGUGAGCUUGGUUGUCGAUACUCCAUUUUCUGUCUAUAAUACUUUUUGGCUUGAAGAAAAACAUGGAUUCAACAAACAGACCGUGCCCUUCUUCAUAAAGGAUCAGAUCAAAAAGUUCAUUAUAACACAAAUAAUCUUAGCACCUCUUAUUUGUGGGGUAGUCUGGAUCGUCCAAAUAGGAGGAGAUUACUUUUUCCUUUAUCUUUGGAUUUUUACAGGCAUUGUAGUUCUGUUCAUGCUCAUUCUUUACCCUGAGAUUAUUGCACCAUUGUUUGAUAAGUACUCGCCACUGCCAGAGGGAGAACUCAGAACAAAAAUCGAAGAGCUUGCAUCGUCUCUUGGUUUCCCCCUUUAUAAAUUGUACAUAGUCGAGGGAUCUAAACGAUCCUCACACAGCAACGCGUAUCUCUAUGGGUUUUACAAACACAAGAGAAUUGUACUCUACGAUACCCUAGUCAAGGAGUAUUACAAGCCUGAUGCCAAUGAUGUUGACAAACAAAAGGGAUGCGAAAACGACGAGGUUGUCGCUGUUUUAGCCCAUGAACUUGGUCACUGGAAGUUCAAUCACUCUUUCAAAUUCCUCGUCAUAUCUCAGGCGGACAUUCUUCUCAAAUUUGUCCUCUCUGCUAAGCUGCUUCAUUACCAACCAAUGUAUACAGCAUUUGGAUUUAGUGAUUCUCAACCGAUACUAAUCGGCUUGAUUAUAGUCACGACGUAUAUACUAAUUCCACUGAACACGCUAAUGGGUUUUUUAACAAACAUAACUAGUCGGGCGUUUGAAUUUCAAGCGGACAAUUUUGCUAAGAUUUUGGGUCAUUCUAUCCCACUAAAAAGUGCACUGGUUAAACUCCACAAGGACAAUUUAGGUUUUCCCAUUUAUGAUAAACUCUAUUCUGGUUGGCACCACUCCCAUCCACCUCUUCUUGAGAGACUGGAUGCACUCAAUGACAAAAAAUCGGAUUAACUUUCUAAUUCCUAGGUCUGUGAAAUGCUGCAUUACAUAAAUAAAAACGCACUUCUUGCUAAUUUUAUUAUUAAGUGACCAGACUUUCGUAGACAUUCACAGUCACUGUGUACCUCGGUACUUAUACGAUGCGGUACUUAUAUGAUGCACUUUUCAGUUUUUUUUUUAGUAUUUUACGGACAUGUAGGUGCGUACUUACGUACGUACUUUUCAAUUGAUGUCGAACAUCCGGGAAUUAAUGUACAAAUGAUAUCUAUUUGUAUAAACUGUCUGUAGUGUUAACGACAAAUAGUCCAAAGAUUAUGUCUUCAGGGGCGAAAGAUCUUGUUUGGAUAAUAUUCUCCUGCUUUCCUCCACGGACAAAACUUAUUUUCUUUUACCAAGUACGUGGGUUGAUUGUAGGAAGUUAAGUUUCUCACAACUACUGAUUACCCGAUAAUCAAUCGUAGAGAUGACUUGUUUACUAUUCACAUACUACGGAUAAAAAUUAAAUACUUUGAGUUACUACUACCUACAGCUUCUUUUGUAUAGACGUAACUAUCGACUUAAAUAUAGCUGAACAGUCUUAUGGUCUGAUAAUGCGGAAUAGAAUCGGUAAGAUUAUAAAACUGGUCAUUCGAGAGAAACGCAUAAAUCUGGCUUUUCACAGCUGCCUGGUCCAGCCUCAAGAUUAACUAUGUAUUGUGCAAUGUACAAUAUAUUAUGUGUCUACAGUACAGUUUUAUUAUAUCAAACAA